AUGGCGCCCAAGAGAGUGACAGUAGACGAGGGCGGUUCCACUGUCAUCGCCUGUUCGGCCAUAGGGAACCCCACCCCCAACGUCACCUGGUUCACCCACAAUAAUAAUUCCAGUGUCGCGAGGGUGUUUAUCUUGGGGAUAAGUGAGGCUCGACUCCUGGUCGACUUCGUCACCAGAGCUGACACUGGCUUCUACAGGUGCCUGGCUACCAACGUCGUGGGGACUUCCAAACCAGUGAAAACAGCUGUCGUCGUCACUCAGGCACCAGAACCGUUGGAAGAGGAACCCUUCAGGGACGACCUCCCGAACAGACCGUGGGCCAAGUUGGGCGGGACGGGGCGCCUCGAGUGCUUCGUAAAAGCGGCGCCGGCGCCCAAUUUUCGCUGGACCAUCAAUGAAGAUCGAGUCUUGUUUAAUAGUCGUAAAUACUUCGUGAGGGGGCCACAUCUAAUAGAUGGGUUAGCAGAGUGGUCUUCUGUGCUGGAAAUAAGGAGCGUCACAGACAAGGACUACACGACGUAUACGUGUACUGCAUCGAAUUACAUGGGAACUUUGACCUCCAACCACACGCUCGGCCCUGCCAUUCCACCCCUCCAGGCAUAUAACCUCAGCGUCGUUAGCGUCAUGGGUACCACUGCUUUACUCACCUGGAUUCCACCGAGUCAAGGAACCACGCCCUCAGGAUAUACACUUAGAUAUCGGCCGCUACACGAUGAGGAAUAUCUACGUCAGAAUGUAGAAGGCCGCGGAACUACGACGGUGCAGAUCCAAGGACUGUCCCCCGGAGCCACGUACGAAUUUGCUAUCCGGACUUACAACAGCCAGGGUACUUCGGACUUCACGUCCCCUACGACAAAAGUCACCAUACCGGGCGUGGUGGAAGAAGCAGCAAGUAGCAGCAGGCAACCUCGCAUGCCCCGUCUGACCCUUCUGCUAAUGUCCCUGACUGGGGCAGCCCUUUUGGUCCUAAACAUAUCCAUCAUUAUCUGCUUCAUCAGACGCUUCGCCACGAGCAGGAAUACUCCAGCUUCAUCUUAUAAAACUGCGAUUUCUGAGACGCACACACCAGCCUCAACUCCCGCGAUGACCACAGAUGACGACGAAGAGAUGAAAUCAGGUGGCCCUGAAAGUGUUACCACUGCAGCCCAAUACCAGAUGACUCGGCAAUCUUCAGACGUAAAAGAUGAUGGAGGUAGUCCACGAAUAACAAAUAUAAUCCAUCACUACAGCACAGAUAUCACAGAGACUUCAAAACCAAAAGACAAGCAGCUGCCAAACGUUCUCCCUUCUGCCGAGUUUAUCACCAUCGACAGUCCAACUAACAACAGCAAAAGUGCCUUAAUGAAUGGUGGUCUGAACAUUCGGAGUCCAGUAUCUUCAAACACAGAGCCUGAACAAGUAAAGUACUUCUGCCCAGAUAGUACACACCAGUUAGAUGACAACAUAUCAAACCAGAUGAGAGUAGAGGCCCAAGACAUUCCAGAUGUGUGUCCCAAAAACUCAGGGUCAAGUCAUUCAUUUAUUCGUCAGCAGAGCCAGGAAGGUCCUUGCCAGGAGGAUGACAGAGUUUCCCUGACGUCGCACCAGAGCAACACUUCCUAUGUUAACCUUCCCGAUCAGGUGCAUGGCAUUGCAAGACAUACAUCAGUAAACCUACAUCGUCAAGAUAGUGCAAGUCCCACCCUAGUGGGUCUGCGAGGGCAAGACAACAUGAGUCCUAUCCCAGUGGGCUUACAUCAUCAGGAUAGCAUAAAUCUUCCACCAAAAGGCUUGCACCACAAAGAUCGAAUGAGUCCGACCCUGAAAAGCUUUCAAAGGCAAGACAGCCUCAGUCCAACCCCCUCUUUGCCUCAUAUUCUUCCAGCUUCAAAUAAGCCACAUGUUCCAUCUCCGUCGACAUUCUGCCCGAAUAAAACAUCUCAAUAUGGUAUGCAUCAGAGACAGUCACACACUAAACAUCAGCACCCUGGACCUCAAGGAUGCUUACACCACCAUGGGCAUCAUAAUGGCUUUGAAAAGCAGCAACAGGAUCGCAAUCACCAAACACACCUAGAAUAUCGCCAAAGGCUGCCAGUACAAGAGACAGAAAGAGGGAUUACACAAUACUGCAAUACAGAUUCUACAGAACUCCACCAAGCAGGUCCUUACCCCCACCAGCCAUCGCACCCUCGACAACACUCAGAGCCUCAGGGACACCUAGGGCAUCAACAAACCCCAUCAAAUCAAAUGCAUCAUCGCGGGUAUCAAGGUAGAACUUAUCCGCAGCAGAAUCUCCACAGUGUACCUCAUCAAAACCCGCCGUACAGAUACCCGUCCCCCGAGUACAAUUUACCAGCCCAGCACUCGUCACCUCAUUAUCAUCACUCCGUAGAAGAGCCACAUUUAGAACACUCCGCUAAAGUAGCAAGUGAGCCUCCUAACAAUAGACAUAGCCCCAUUUCUCAUACCCAGAGGGACUACCAGUAUACAAUACCCUUUCAAGAAGAGGGCUGGCGUGGAGGACACUCACAGCUUCCUGCUGCAGAGCAGCACCAACUGCAGUGCAUUAGGGAGGAGCCUAGCAGUGACCCCUUGGGAGGAGCAGAUCCCAAAUCCUGUAUAGCAGAAACCAACUGUGAUGACGAGGGGGAAAGGGCGCACGACGAAUCUCCUCAUGAUGUGUGAAGAAGGAUCGAGGCAGCUGACAGAAAACAUCUGUUAAAUCUCUUUGGCAACAGGAAGAUUUCUUUCUCAUUUUUGUACCGAAUCAUAAAUUACCAGAAUAGGUUUUAUUCAUGGAAACUUUAACUGAAGUAUGUGUUCGUACGUAAAAAAUAUAUAUGA